CAGUCAAAACUGGUCAAAACAAACCACCAUCCACCAUCCACAGCAUUAAAAAUAAAAUAAAACAGUAGCCUCAAGAUUCUUCCACAUCUGUGAUGAUUUUUGUGUUCUGGAAAGAAAGUGAAAAUGGCCGACAAAAAACCACCACCCAAGGUGAUGCCGAUGUGGGUCAACUUUGUGCUAGGAGGAAUGGCUGGAAUGAUGUCGAUAUGCGUGGUGCAACCGGCCGACCUGGUGAAGACCCGGAUGCAGCUGCUAGGCCCGGGCGAGAAGGGCAAGUCAUUCAUCGACAUCACGGGCGACAUCGUGAAGAAAGACGGGAUAUUGGGCUUGUACACCGGCCUGUCUGCGGCGCUGUUCAGGCAGGCCACGUACACCACCGGUCGCCUUGGCUGCUUCAAUGCGCUGAUGGACUUUUAUAAAGUCAAGUACGGGAAUCCCAGCUUCCCCAUAAAACUGUUGAUGGGCAUGGCGGCGGGCGGCGUGGGCGCCUUCGUCGGCACCCCGGCAGAGGUAGCCCUCAUCCGCAUGACGGCGGACGGACGACUCCCCCCGGAGCAGAGGAGGAACUACACCAAUGUGUUUAAUGCUUUGGCCAGGAUAUCGCGAGAGGAAGGCGUAACGACGUUGUGGCGAGGCGCCGUGGCCACGGUCACCCGCGCUAUGGUCGUCAACGGGGCCCAACUCGGCUCUUACGCCCAAGCUCGCGAAAUGCUGCUCGAUACAUUCGGGGAAGGCAUAGCGCUGCACUUCGUGUCCUCGAUGAUAGCAGGCUUCAUCACUACCGUUGCUUCGCUGCCCGUUGACAUCAUCAAGACCAGGGUACAAUACUCGGCAAAGGGAACAAGUCAGGUACAAGUCCUGAUGAGUAUCAUCCAGAAGGAAGGAGUUCUAGCACUGUGGAGCGGCCUCAUGCCAACGUACCUCAAGAUCGGACCAAUGACAGUACUUACGUUCAUUUUCUUAGAGCAGCUCAAUGGUAUUUACUACAAAUAUUUUUAAAUGGUCAGCCAAUAUCUCAUUAGGUAUCGCCUUGAUCAUAAUUGCGGUGUUUCACGAAACUAUUUGGAACAAUACUUGGUUUCAAAUCACAAUAUAAAGACUUGUGGCCGCACUUUUUACGUAUUAAUCUGUACUAUAGCAAAUACACUCCUUAAGUCCAUAAAAUAGCGCGACAUAAAGCGAUAAAAUAAUCGACUGGCGUCGGCUAGCUAAUCACCAAUACAUUAUUUUUUACAAAAAUAUAAUAGCCAAUAGCUUUUAUUGCUGUCACGCGUGUAAAUUAUUAAAAUGGGAACCAAACAAGAAAAAUAUUGAUGUAACAUAAAACGCAUUUUCUUGCACCAUUCCCUGAAUCUUGUUGCAUGUGUGAGGUUUUAUGAAUAAUCACAAAGUUGAUGACAAUUCAGAGUGCGACCAAGUCUCUCAUAGAAUAUUAGAAAGCAGAAAGAAAGAAAUAAAUUAUAACUUAUUACCUACUCACAGAUAGAACUUUGGUUUCUUAUUAGAAGAGAUCUUAGGUAAAGUUAGCAUUGUCAUGUUGUAGAAACGUUACCUUACUUUGGUAAGAUUGUCUCAUAAUGUAAUUUACCUAACCAGUCAUGUACCACAGUGAUAAUGACUAUUUACAAAUAAAUACAUAGUAAUUUUGAUACAUUUAUUUAAUUAGGAAAAUAAAAUAAUUAUUCCAUUUUACCAAACGUCUUUUUAUUAAUGCCUUAUUUAACACACAGCCCAUUUCACCUUCAAACAUAUAACUAACAAAUAAUUUUAAAUAAUGUGGGAAUAAGCUGUCGAAUUUAAAAAUAAUUUACUUGCACGUAAGUAAUUAUUAUAUUGGUAACACUAAUACUGACGGUUAAGUUCAAAACUUUCGAGCCAAAUUGAAUCGAGAAGAAAUAUUACAUUUUUUAAAUCCAAAAUAGGGUUUUUGAAAAGUCCAACCAAGCCGAGCCACCGUCUUAUUCAAAGGCCCUAAUUCUACAAAAUUCGCCGACAGAUUGUCAAGAAACAUUAUUUAAUUUACAAAGAUAUUAUCUAUGUCAUUAUUAUAAAUCAUGGAGCUACAGUGAGUAGAUAAGUAUAGUUCGAUCUUUAUAAAUUGCAGUUUAAAAAAUGUAAACAAUGUUAUAUUUACCAAUCAAGUAUCACUAUUGAAACUGGACCUUAACUAUCUCUACAUUAAUUCAUUAUGUAACAUCAAAAUAAAUAUUUAUCACCAAUUUUAAAAUUUUAUUAAACUUAUCUUAAAUUGUUAUUACAAUCGACAGCACUUCCUACACAUUUGUUAUUUAAUCGCACUAAAAUCUAGAUUUUUACUAUGCUAGUUUUACACUAUCUGGGGGCACGGCAGAGCCGUCGCCAAGUCGAGCAAAAGGACAGCCGUACCAUCUACACUACGUUAAUCAUAGAUAAAUCUAUACGCUUGAAUUUCAGUACAAUACACUUCUGGACACAUCUACUUAGGCGUAGCUCCAUGUCGUAUGGUAUUCUGAAUUCAAAUUUAAAACAAUAAGAUCGAAAAAGAUGGUAAAAUGUAUCAGGUUUAAAACUGCAUCAACAGUUUUUGUUCAAUCUAGCAAUCAUAUUUUGGUAGGGGCCAUCGAAACUUAAACUCUAAGGUGGGCCAGUAGAUGUGUCCAGAAGUGUAGUAGGUCCUAUAAAAUAUUUUAAAUUACAUAAUAUUAAUUAUAUCUAUAGAUUUUACAAACCAUUGCCACUGGAAGUUUAGUUUUGUCACAUAUAAAUUCCAUUAAUGCCAUCCAACUACAUCUAACAGACGUACAAACUUUACAAUUUGAAGUUCGGUUAAACACUUACUUGGAAUUUUUUAUAUCUGCAUUUUAGUGGUUAUUUUUAGCUCUUUUUUGGUCGUGAGUAACCAAUAUUCCUCCACCAAACUUACACCACUUAGAAUACAAAUGAAAAGUUAAGUUGGUAAUAUUUUAUACGAAUAUUUUUGUAUUUUAUAGCAUU